AUGAAUUUGAUAUUUUCUAUAAGUUUUGCAUUAACAUUUACUUUAAUUCAUUGUUCUAUUCCAAAGACAAUUCAAUCUCCUGAUGAAAAUCAAUUUGAAUUGUCGAAUGAAUAUUUAACGGUUCAGUUUAAUUUAACCAAUGGACAAAUAACAUCAUUUUAUUAUAAAUCAGAAUUAAUUACAAUAACCAAUGAAACAAGUUUCAUUUUUCUCGAUAAUAUUUCAGUUGAUUGUUCAAAAUUAAUAAACUAUAAAGAAGAUAUGAAUUCAAUUAAUUUUACUUAUUCUUGUUCCAAUAAAACAAAUUAUGAAUUAAUAAUAAUCUAUACAUUAAAAUUCGAUUGGGAAUUUUUACAAAAGCAAAUUUCUUUUGAAAAUAUAGAUAAUAAAAGCAUAACAUCCAUUGAAACAACAUUUACAUUGACGAAUAAAAUGAUUUCAUCUGUUUCGAUUGUACAAAAUAAACAAGAUUUAAAUAAACAACAUACAGUUUUCUUACGAACGAAACUAACAACAUUAGGAAUAUUCGCAACAUGGCAACAUCCAUUCGGCUCCUAUACUGUUACGUCAAAUAAUCAAACAGUAACAAGUUCAUAUAAAAUAGGAAUAAAUAAAUCCUAUUUAAGCGAAGGAUUUCUUAUUGGUUUCUAUCAAUUAUCUCCUUAUUGGCAUACAAAUGACAUUAAUUAUGCCGAACGACGAGCUUAUGAAAACGCAACAAAUUUCUUUUAUCCUAUUCCACAACGUCAACAAUCAAUAAAACAUGCCGUUGGUUGGGAUAGUAAUGAUUAUCAAAUUGAUAUUUCAACAUCACAUGGCGUCGAUGAAUAUAAACGUCUAAUUGAUCGUUGUUCACAGCUUGGUAUAAAAAGCUUAACAUUCGCACCAUCAAAUACAAAUGUGUCAAGUCGUCAACAAUCUACUGAUGAUUGGGGUUGGGAAUCUAUUUUAUGGUUAUCAUUAGGUGAACAAAUUCGCUUAGAACAAUGGAAACCGUAUCGAGAUCCAAUGCCUUUAACAAUUCAGCACAUGCUAGAUUAUGCAGAAUUUAAACAAGUUAAAUUAGUUCCAUAUGUUUAUCCACCGUUAGGUUAUAGAUCCAAAGGAAAAGAUCAAGCAUGGCUAUUUCCAAGUUCACAUUGUAAAGAUGUUUGUGCAUCAUUAGCAAGUGUAGAAUUUCAACAAUAUUUUCUACAAUUAUUAAUUGAUUUUGCGCAAACUACAGGCAUUGGUGGGUAUGCAUGGGAUUACAAUUUUUUUUAUGACACUAAAAAUAGCGAAUAUAGUCAAUGGCGCGGUUGGCAGUGGAUUCGCACUGAAUUACUUAUUGCUCUGCCUUACUUAAUUAUGGAUCAUCGUUAUGCAUCUCAGUUCGAUGGUCCAUGGUCAUGGAUAACUUUAAACGGCUAUACAUCACCUUUAUUGAGUGAUGAAAAUCCUGAAACAUAUCCAAUCUUACAUCCAUCGUUACACACUGAUAAAAUUUCUGCAGAUUUUAUGCGUCAAGGAAAUGUUGAAUUACGUUUAGAACAUUUUUCAUCAAUGGAUAGCAUUCCUGGUUUUAUUGGACAUCAAACAGAACGUUUAGCAUCAGAUGGAAGUCUACCAUGGGUCGAUAAUAAUUUGAGAGAUUUUGAUUUAAUGGGUUUCUCCUAUUCAUUAUUAUCUAAUAUAGCAACAGCUGGUUUAAAUCUUAUUCAUACAUUUAUACCAGCACGAGAUUUAGAAGAAUUCUAUUUUCUACCGGAAGAAUUAAUAGAAUUUUGGUCUUAUUGGCUGAAAUGGACAGAUGAACAUGUAGAAGAAAUUCGUAAUAGUAUACCAUUUAAUACGGAACAGGAUUGGUCUUUGAUGAGAUCAAAUGGUAUUGACGGAUUUUUAUUUUUAUUUAAUCCAAAUUAUAAACAAAUGAACCGAACGAUUUUAUUUGAUGGAAAAUUAAAUGUAAAAAAUCCCCAACAACAAGGUUAUUGGUUACUAAAAGAAAUUUAUCCACAAGAAAGAUUUAUACAAUUCAUAGAAUAUAAUCAAACAAAUCAAUUUUUAUUAGAUGGUCAAAGUGUUACAGUGUAUCAAUUAAUAUUUAUUCCAAUAAUUGAUCAACCAAUUCUUGUUGGCAUUAGCGGACAAGCUUUUGUAACAAAUCAAAAUACUAUAAUUAUUAAUGGAGUUUAUGGCGAAGCUGGCACACAAACAAACAAUCCUAUGUUUAUUAUCUUACCAAAUCAAGAACUCAUAUCCAAGGUUUUAUUAAAUGGAAAAGAACAGCGAUUUCAACAAAACAAUGAAAUCAUUUCUUUACUUGAUUCUUUAUCAUUUCCUGGUUUAUAUUUGCCACGUUCAGCAGAAAUUCUUAAUAAUACAAUAAUGAUUAGUGAUUUAUUAUUGCAGCAAUUAUCGGAACGUCAAUUAGAAUAUCCAAUUCAAUGGACGGGAAAAGAAUUAAAUGAUGCAUCAUGGUUAGGACCACAGCGCCUUCUAUUAUUUAUAUGUAUUCAAAAUCCAAACGAUCAAUGGAAUAUAACUGCUCAAGUCAAUAAUAAUCCAAUCAUUGUACACAAAGCUUAUAAUACACGUGAUCAUUAUGAACAAAAUCGAUUUAUGGGAUUUUAUUUAGAUUUAACAAAUAUUGUUAAGCAAUCAAAUGUUAAUUAUUACUUAUCGUUAAAUAUGCCGCCUCUUAGUCCAGAACAAUUUCAAGGAUUAUUUUUAGAAAAUAUUGAAAGAAUUUUUGUUGAAGCAUAA